AUGGCGAACCUCCAAAGAAGCUCCAAUCUGUUGUGGAAUUUGCCCCUUCCAGUCCCACUGAACGAGAAGGAAUUGGAUGCUCUGGAUCAUGAUCAUGACAUCUGGCAGGACAUCUUUGUGGAUGCUGACAUGGUGGCAGAGCCCUGGAUGACUGACCCCUCAGUCUGCAAGGCAAUGACUGCCCAUCUGACCUUGCAGCACUCAAAGUUCUGUGCUGUGCGGAAGACAGAGAACAGUCACAAAUUCUUUGGGCCUUCCACCUGGAUCCUGCUCAUGUGUGAAGCCAAAACACAGGACCCAUAUGCCACCCAAUUUGCGCAACCACUGGGUCCUGAAGACUUUGAGGAUACUCAUGUUCCAGACCCCAAUUGGGAUCUCAUCUUCUUUGACAAUCCAUACAAGGGAGCAGUGGGUGGCUUGGAUGUCAAAGAAAUGGUCCUUUCAACAGAUGGACUUGGCCCUUAUCAAGACAAUCUAGAGGCAGUUGAGGAAGAUGCUCAGCCUCAUGUCAUCAUGAUCAUGAUCAUGAUCCUGAAGCAAGUUGUCCAUGCUCCACAUGAUGUCAAAAGGCAAUUAGAAUGGGAUGCCCAAAAAGUCUGGUUGCAACUUGAUGUUGAAGAGGCAAAGCAUCUGGAGGAAGAGAUUCCAUUUCUUCAACAGCUUACUGGUGGUGAGCUGGAUUAUGUUCAUUUUCACACCAUCUUCAGCCACGUGAACAUUGACAACAAGGUCAAGCACAUCACAAUGGUCAAGAUCAACUUGGGCAAGGUCCACAUCUGCACACAAGAUGAGCACAAUGCAUGGAUUGAACAACAUGCAGGCUAUGGUGGAAUACAUCCUGGUGCCAGUAUCCACCUUGACAAAGUGCUUCAAAAGCUCAUGAACAUGAACAUGAACAAGAUUCAAGUCUUCCACUAUGCUAAAAUGAACACCCCGCUCCACCAACAUCUUGGUCAUCUAUGCAAGCAACAUGAUGAGGACUCCACACAUUCAGAGUUGGUCAAGGGUAAAGGUGUUGGUGCUUCAAUCAGAACUGUCUCAGAUAAUGACCCCACACCACAGGCACUGGCACCAGGCCCUGCUACUUGGAAAAUAAAUGAAGACCUCAAUACUGGAUGGGGGUCCAGUAGAGAGGGCAAGGACUGGACCAGUGCCAUUGCAAGUGACAAUGUCAGUCAUAUCCAUGUAUUCAGCUCUCAGACUCAUGCUAGUGUGUCAGGUGUGGGUGCAUCCAACAGCAGGACAUGCUGUCUGGGCAUGCCUCUGCGGCAUGCCAGCACUUUAUCUACCAGUCAUGUCUCCCUUGGGGGCUCUUGUGGCAUCUCUGAAGAGGAUGAAAACAUGGAUGCUGAUGCAACUCAGAAAGUGGAUGACAAUCCAAGUGCCUUUGCUGGGAGUGACACCACCUGCAUUUGCAUGACUGCUACUAUAGCUCCCACCUGCACUCUGGCUCCCAGUUUGGUCACUCCCAUGAAGAACAUGGUGACUGCCUUCAAGCAUGCUAUCAUAGAUGUAUUUCACAGCAAUCUCACCAUCUACAAGCAGCUGCAAAGUACAAAUAAUGCUUGCAGGAAGACCAAGAAAUCCACAUUAGAGAAUACUAGUCAUGCUCCAGAGAUACCCAUGCACAAGCUCAUGAGCAAGGGCAACUACAAGGACAUCUUGGCCAAAAACAUGAUUUCUGCCAAUGUAGCUGAUCAUUUGGGAUUGCCAAAGGAUUGCCUUGUGAGCACAGACUUGGUCAAGGAGCAACAGGCCCUUCGGCAUCAAGAGCAUGCUGAGGCUGCUGCCGCCACUGCUGCUGCUGCUGCUCAUAACUUGACUCAUGCAACUGAGACUGAUCAUGAUCAUGAGCCUGACCAUGUUGUCUUCCUUCCUUCUCCUGGACACACAGUCACGUGCCAUUUUGCUGAUGUGCCUACACCUGAAGCACCUUAUCCUCUGGGCAAGCAUCUUUGCACCAUGCUUGUACACUUCCUCAACAAUGAGAAGAUUGAACACAUGGGGGAUCACAAACUCUUUCUUGGCAAGAUAGCUUCUUUGUACUGGUCAUGUGAUCCAUCAUCCUGGGGCAUUCAACUUGCCCAGGUAAUACCCAAUGAUCAUGGGGUCUAG